AUGUACUUUUUUCCCAACUGUUUCCUACGCUCGAUCGGUGAGGCGUUUUUAUGCCAUUCUGCACAUCAAAAUUAUCCUGCGGGCGUGAAUCCCGUACUACAGAGCAAGUUAUCAUCCAGCGAUAUCCUCGCGGCAGGUGGAGCAGAUCGUCUAUCAGCGAUCGGCUGUCAAAAGGCGCUUGACCGGUCGAUCCUUUUCAAAACACGCUACACAAUGCAUUGGCUGCACUAUUUAGGACUCUUGUUUUUAAGUCAAGCUGUGGCUUACACCAUUCCAGAGGUACUCUUCGAGUAUCCAACGAUGCGAGGAUUCCGUGCCAGCAUUCCGGACACUCCCGGGUUGGAGAUGUUUGCAUUCCAUGCGCGACUCAACAAACCCUUCGAGCGGUUCGAGGAAGGAGAUUACACCGAAGACAUUGUAAAGCCCAACGACAACGGCCAGUGGACGUACGAAACCACCAAACCACAGCUCCCACACGGUACAGUCAUCUACUAUUGGGUGUACGUGCAGUUCGAAAAUGCUGGCUAUUGGCUCAAGGAUCAGGUACACACGGUUAACAGACCGAAGGGAACGGGAACACGUAAGACCACUCCAAAACCAACCACAACCGUGAGUCCGUGCGUGAAAACUGUGACGACCUUUAACGGAGGUCAGUCGACCUGUGCCGGGAAGCUGAUUUUCGAGGACACUUUCGAACAGGGUACCUUCGCACCCAAGUGGCAGCACGAGAUCCGCAUUCCACUGGACACGGAGUCGGCCGAAUUCCUAUCCUACCAGAACUUAUCGGAAAACAGCUACAUUGCGGCGGGCCGGCUGAUCAUCGUCCCAACACUUGUUACUGCGGACGGGGUCUAUACGGAUGAGCGGAUUCGGACUGGAGAACUCGUGCUCUCAGGCUGUAAAUCUCCCACGGCCAAUCCGUACGAAUGCCAACGACAAGCCGCCCGAUCGACCAUUCUCCCGCCCGUCGUGUCGGCAAAACUAAACACCAAAAACUAUUUCCGCUUCCGAUACGGACGCGUCGAGAUACGCGCGAAACUUCCAAAGGGCGAUUGGAUUUUCCCACAGCUUUACCUGCAGCCGUAUGAAAACUUCUACGGAUUUGCCGAUUACGCUUCCGGCCAAAUGUGGAUCGCCCAUGUCCUUGCAAACCGUCAGCUAAUGGCGGCUGACGGAAAGCAGCUUGAUGGCCGGCGAUUGCGAGGUGGUGUGCUCAUCACCAACACCGAACCCGUCCGGUCUGAAUUCCUGCGCUCGAACGUGAAUGAUGAUCAUUUUGGCGAUCAGUUCCACGUGUACGGAUUGGUGUGGACACCGGAACAAAUUGCCCUCACCAUCGAUGGGUUCCAGUACGGCACUCUACGGCAAAACUUCCGCCAGCUCGCACACCAACGCAACCUGACGCAGGCAACUCACUGGAAUGCGGAAGCACCUCUGGCACCGUUCGAUCGUGAAUUCUACAUCUCGCUCGGUGUUGGCGUUGGUGGUGUGAAGGAUUUUCCCGACCUUAUCCAGACCGGACAGGGUAGAACACCGAAACCGUGGAACAACACCAGCCCGAAGGCGGAGUAUUUCUUCUACCAGAACCGCAACACCUGGUACCGGACGUGGACGGAACCAGAGCUAACAGUGGACUACGUGCGGGUUUACGCACUCUAA